UGGGAUGUCUUAAAGAAAAACUACACUACAAAGUGUCGUGGAUGAUAAACAAUGAAGAGGGCCAGGCUUUUUCAGAUUUGGAGGUGCAGGUUUUGGCUGGCAUAGAUCGUGUGAAGCGUGAGGAGAGAGCAGGGUGCCCUGCGUCUCUCGUUCGCCCACCGGGCCUCCUCGCCGGACCCCUCCCUCCACUCACGUCAGUCAACCCGUCUCUCUGCACACUCUCGGCAUUCACGCGGGAGUGUGGUACACGCUGUGGGAGCGACCGUCCUCCAUUUGUCUCUGUGCCUGAAAGCUGCUUAGAGGCUGGGGAUUUACUCCGCGCAUGGUUACAGGACCCUGUCUGCACAUUGAAACUACUCUGGAUCGGUGCAGGGCUCUUUAGAGGGCGCAGUGUGACCUGAAAACCGCUGCAGCGCUGAUGCCAGGUGACCUUGGGUCUGGUAUCCAUUUUAACCCAACGCUGACAAACACGGUGAACGUUUGCGACUGCUUCCGUUAGCACUCUCUCUCUCUCUCUCGCUCUCGCGCUCUCUCUCUCCCCGUCUCUCACUCGCUGUGUCCAGCACUUUCUCGAUUUCUCCAUCCUCUUGCUGUCUUUCCUGCCUGCUGGUGUCGUGUUUCUGUGCUACUUGGGGGCUGUCCUGUCACCCGCUGCGGUGGCAGUGUCUUUGAGGCAUUGUGUGAGUGCAUGCUUGUGUGUGGGGAUUCAGCCGAGUGCUGCAUGGUGUCUCUCUCUCUCAAACUGGAGGGAACACAGGAAGCGCAUUGUUGUAGUCAGCUCAAUCGCUGGGUCCGUUCCAAAGUGCUGGUUUCAGCAGCUCUUUCUGGAUGAAUGGAGGACAGCGCACUGGCUCUGAAUAUACUCUUGGCUAAUCAGCAGGCUGACGGUCCAUCCACGCGAGGUUCCAGCUAUCUAGCGCGGAUACACAGUCCGUUCAGCCGCAGGCUUGGAUCAUGCUGCUCUCUCUGCCACAUCUGUGACUGCCGUGCAGGGUUGUCUGCCCCCCUGCUGCAUCCCAGCGCAGGUCCCAGCAACCGUGGGCCCGUCUUGGCUCCUGGCCCCGGGAAGCGCUUGUAGGGGAGCCCAUGAGAGCGGAGCGGAUGAACCGCGUGUGCAUCGUGGUCUUAGAGGAGGUGGAAGAUGAGGAGCACUCCCUCUCAGGCUCCAAGGUUCCUCCAGACCACAUCCUUCCGCCACCCACUUUACAUACAGACCCCGGGGAUUCCAAGCCCUCCCUGCUGAAAGCUAUAUUUAACGUGGACCCAGAUGAAGUCCGCUCCCUUAUCUUCAAGAAAGAAGACGUAAAUGUACAGGAUAAUGAGAAGAGGACACCAUUACACGCUGCUGCCUAUCUUGGAGAUUCAGAAAUCAUAGAGCUUCUGAUUUUAUCAGGAGCGAGAGUAAAUGCCAAAGAUAACAAGUGGCUGACUCCUUUGCAUCGGGCAGUGGCAUCCUGCAGUGAGGAUGCCGUCCAGGUACUGCUGAAGCACUCGGCAGAUGUCAAUGCGCGGGACAAAAAUUGGCAGACGCCGCUGCACGUGGCUGCCGCCAAUAAGGCAGUGCGAUGCGCUGAGGCCCUGGUCCCAUUGCUCAGCAAUGUCAACGUAUCAGACCGUGCAGGCCGCACUGCCCUGCACCACGCAGCCUUCAGUGGCCACCUCGAGAUGGUGAAAUUGCUGCUGUCCAGAGGUGCUAACAUAAAUGCCUUUGACAAGAAGGACCGGCGUGCUAUCCACUGGGCUGCAUACAUGGGGCACAUGGAGGUGGUGAAGCUGCUGGUGUCCCAUGGAGCAGAGGUCACCUGCAAGGACAAGAAAGCAUACACCCCACUGCAUGCUGCUGCCUCUAGCGGCAUGAUCAGCGUUGUCAAGUACCUGCUGGACUUGGGAGUAGAUAUAAAUGAGCCCAACGCAUAUGGGAACACACCACUGCAUGUGGCCUGCUACAACGGGCAGGAUGUUGUGGUCAACGAGCUGAUUGAGUCCGGAGCCAACGUUAACCAGGUGAACGAGAAGGGCUUUGCACCGCUUCACUUCACAGCGGCAUCACGCCAUGGAGCGCUGUGCCUAGAGCUGCUGGUGGGCAACGGUGCUGAUGUCAAUAUCAAGAGUAAAGAUGGGAAGACUCCACUCCACAUGACUGCUAUCCAUGGCAGGUUUUCCAGGUCUCAGGCAGUCAUUCAGAGUGGUGCUGAGAUUGACUGUGAAGAUAAAAAUGGAAAUUCUCCUUUGCACAUAGCAGCUCGAUAUGGACAUGAGCUGCUGAUCAACACACUAAUCACCAAUGGGGCUGACACUGCCAAGCGCGGUAUCCACGGGAUGUUCCCCCUGCACCUGGCAGCACUUAGUGGCUUCUCAGACUGCUGCCGCAAGCUUUUAUCAUCUGACUUUGACAUCGACACACCUGAUGAUUUUGGGAGAACCUGUUUACACGCAGCUGCAGCGGGAGGGAACCUGGAGUGUUUGAAUUUGCUGCUCAAUACUGGGGCAGAUUUCAAUAGGAAAGAUAAAUUUGGAAGGACGCCUCUGCACUAUGCUGCGGCCAACUGCAACUACCAGUGCCUGUUUGCCUUGGUGGGUUCGGGGGCAAGCGUGAAUGACCUGGAUGAGCGGGGAUGUUCCCCGCUUCACUACGCAGCUGCCUCCGAUACAGAUGGAAAGUGCCUGGAGUAUUUAUUACGGAACGACGCAAACCCCGGCAUCCGGGACAAGCAGGGCUACAAUGCAGUGCACUACGCUUCAGCCUAUGGACACCGGCUGUGUCUGGAGCUGAUUGCAAGCGAAACUCCUCUAGAUGUGCUAAUGGAGACUUCAGGAGCAGACAUACUAAACGACUCUGACGGCCGUGCCCCCAUCAGCCCUCUGCACUUAGCAGCAUACCAUGGACACCACCAGGCCUUGGAGGUGCUGGUGCAGUCCCUCCUGGACCUGGAUGUGAGGAACAGCCAGGGUCGUACACCGCUGGACCUGGCUGCCUUCAAGGGCCAUGUGGAGUGUGUCGACGUCCUUAUCAACCAGGGCGCCUCGAUCCUGGUGAAGGACUACACACUGAAGAGGACGCCCAUCCAUGCUGCAGCAAUCAACGGUCACUCCGAGUGUUUGCGCUUACUGAUCGGGAACACAGAUCUGCAGACCGCAGUGGACAUCCAGGACGGAAACGGCCAGACCCCCCUGAUGCUGUCUGUGCUGAGCGGCCACACUGACUGUGUGUACUCCCUGCUCAACAAAGGCGCCAGCGUGGAGGCCAAAGACAAAUGGGGCAGGACGGCUUUGCACCGAGGGGCAGUUACCGGUCACGAGGAGUGUGUGGAGGCUCUGCUGCAGCACAGCGCCAGUUUUCUGGUGCGGGAUUGCAGGGGGCGCACUCCAAUGCACUUGGCAGCAUCCUGUGGGCACAUCGGCGUACUGGGAGCACUUAUGCAGGCUGCACAGUCCCUGGAGUCACUCCCAGUGAUCACAGACAACCGGGGCUACACGCCUCUCCACUGGGCCUGUUACAACGGCCAUGACACAUGUGUGGAGGUGCUGCUGGAGCAGGAGGUGUUCCACAAGAUGCAGGGAAACUCCUUCAGUCCGCUGCACUGUGCUGUGAUAAAUGACAAUGAAGGAGCAGCAGAGAUGCUGAUAGACACUCUUGGUCCUGCCAUUGUGAAUACCAGAGAUUCAAAAUCCAGGACCCCCCUGCAUGCGGCUGCCUUCACUGACCACGUGGAGUGCCUCCAGCUACUGUUGAGCCACAAUGCCCAAGUGAACGCCAUUGAUGCCUCGGGGAAAACGCCGCUCAUGAUGGCUGCUGAAAACGGCCAGACCAACGCCGUCGAAGUGUUGGUGAGCAGUGCCAAGGCAGACCUCACACUGCAGGAUGCCAACAAGAACACAGCCCUUCAUCUGGCCUGCAGCAAGGGACAUGAAACAAGUGCCUUGUUAAUACUGGAAAAGAUAACCGACCGGAACCUCAUCAACUCAACAAACGCAGCUUUACAGACGCCGCUACAUGUGGCCGCCCGCAAUGGUCUGACCGUGGUUGUCCAGGAGCUGUUGGGUAAAGGAGCCAGUGUGCUUGCAGUUGACGAGAACGGUUACACCCCUGCCUUGGCGUGUGCACCCAACAAAGAUGUGGCAGACUGUCUGGCCCUCAUCCUGGCCACCAUGAUGCCUGUGUCACCCAGCAGCACAACAAUCCCCAACUUGAGCUUCAACGCCACCAACCAUUACUGCAGCCCCUCCAAGGCAGUGACCCUGGAUAGCCUGCCCGUGCUGAGGAGCACACAUGGUUCCUACUGCAGCUUCAACAACGUUACCCGUGAGGACGGCUUCUACGCCCCCGACGACGAGCUCAACGACUCUGACUCGGAGACCUACUGAAGACCCACAUCGCCCCCUCCCCCACCCCAUCUUAAUCACUCGGGCCCGCCUGGGGGAGCCAAGCCCUUCAGCCAGGUGUGCCGAAGACUCAGGAGCCUUAAAGAGCGGGGUAGAUGGCAAGAGAUGCAGGGGCUGGCCCACACUUCUUCCCCCUUUCAGCUACGUGUGGUUUGUCUCCUCAUCGGCAGCAUCACAAGCCAUUUCAGCAUCCUCCCCUUAACUGUUUUUUCUCCCCUCCCUUUUUUCCUUUUUGAGUGAAAGAAAAGUUUUAAAGUUUAAUAAAAACGCCGACUACUUUCAAAUUGGGCUAUCACUGACUUCUCUCCGGCAAUAACCCAGCGUGUGGGAUAUGAGCACUUGAAGAAAAUGAGGCCAAAGGGACCAAGAGCUGCAGAGGCUUUUCAAGCCCAUUGUUAGUGUGAAUCGGAUUUCAAUUGGACUGACUUCAAACAAAUGGAUGAAAAAGAAAAAGGUGUCAGCCAACGUUAAUUUAUUGCAAUGAAUGGCAAAGUACUGAUGUCACUGUCACAGCAUAUUUGCAGAUUCAAGACGCACUUUCCUGCCUCAGUUUAAUUCUGUGGAGGGAAAAAAAGUUAUUUUUGGGACAAAAUUUUAAUAUGACGGGCUUUCCAUGCAUUUCUUACAUAUGAUUUUGAGACCAGCUAAUGUGGUGCCGUCAGGGUUUUUACACAAAAGUCCAGACUUUACAAACUCACUAUGUUUGUACUGCUCAUGCGAUCGCUGUUGGGGACCGAGAGGACACUCAACUCGUAGGUGCAGUGGCCGAAUGCAGAAAGCUGUCCCUCGCCAGUGCAUUGUUUCUGUAUGAAAUAAAUGAUUGUUUUUCUUUUACGUUCUCCAUUGCGAUAGCUGUACGUUACUUUCAUCUCUUCACGUGCCUUCUGGAGAUCAAAGGUAGAAG